CUUUCUGAACCUUCUCUAACUCUCUUUCUUUGGACACGCUCUUCUGUCGCUGUCUCUGUGUCUUUUGUGUCAAAUAUCAAUGCCGUAGAUAUAUACAAAAUAUAUAUUUUUAUCCUUUGAAUAGCUUCUUCCGUCAUUUUCAUUUGAAAUUCCAAAUUAUGUUAAAGUAAUGUAUUGCCCGUCAAUUUAUUUUUUCGUCGUCUAAGACUGGAAAUUAUUUAUUUUCUCACUCAUUUCACGGAAUUUCCUUUUCCAUCUUAUUUGUUUACUGCCCACAUGAUGUUUGUUGAAUUCUCUAGUUGAACUGAGAAUCUGUAAGAAAUCAUAAAAGAGACACUGAUCAGAAGCUGGAUUCACGGUUUGAUAAAGCCUGUACUGCGACAGAGAAAUAUGUCUUGAUAAGGCAUGAAGGGUCUUUGUUCUUGUGGCUUUGAACUAAAGCUUGGUCAUUGUCAGUUUGAUUCAAAGUCUGAGGCAUACAAGUAGCUAAUCCAAGGCCUAAAAUUUUGCAAACUUCUGGUCUUUCCGAACUCCAGAUCAAAUUCUGUUAAUUGAAAACACGGCGAUACUCCAACAAGACUGCCAUGGGUUAUGAUAAUUCAAGAUCUGUAAGAUUUCAAGAUGAUCUGGAACUAGCAAAGCUCCCAGCAGUCGAUGGAGAUGGUGUGGUUAAGCUCAAAUACAAGAUUGACGGGACACAGAUACCAGAGCCAAGCAGCAAGAAGGGUGAGAAGGAAGUGUUUGGAAAGACAACAACAUCUUUAAAAGCUAAAGUACUGUCCAGAGUCUUUUCUGAGGACUAUGAGAGAGUGAAGAAGAAGAUAUUGGAUCCUCGGGGACCAGCAAUCCGGCGAUGGAGCAAGAUUUUCUUAGUGACUUGUUUAGUUUCUUUGUUCGUGGACCCUUUGUUCUUUUACCUGCCAGUGGUCCAGGAUGAAGUGUGCAUCGAUAUUGGAAUACCUCUUGAGAUCAUUCUUACGAUAAUUAGAUCACUAGCUGAUAUUUUUUACGUGAUUCAAAUAUUUAUUAAAUUUCGUACAGCUUAUAUUGCACCUUCCUCUCGUGUAUUUGGGAGAGGAGAGCUUGUUAUCGACUCUUCAAAGAUUGCAAGGAGGUAUUUUCGCCAGAGCUUUGUGAUCGACCUCAUUGCGGCCCUGCCUCUUCCUCAGGUGUUAAUUUGGAUGGUUAUCCCCAAUCUUAGUGGUUCAACCAUGACAAACACCAAAAACUUUCUUCGGUUCAUCAUAAUCUUUCAGUACAUACCAAGACUAUUUCUGAUAUUCCCACUCUCAUCGCAAAUUAUCAAGACCACUGGUGUUGUGACAGAGACAGCAUGGGCUGGGGCUGCAUAUAACUUGAUGCUCUACAUGUUGGCAAGCCAUGUUUUAGGAGCUUGCUGGUACCUUCUAUCAAUUGAGAGACAAGAAGCAUGCUGGAGAAGUAUUUGUCAUUUAGAGAAUUCUCUUUGUCAGUAUAAAUACUUUGAUUGCCACUGGCUAAAAAGCCUUGAUAGACAAACCUGGUUCAAGUCGAGCAAUGUCACUGCUCAAUGCAAUCCAGAUGAAAGCUAUUAUGAUUUUGGGAUUUAUGGUGAUGCAUUGACAUUUGAUGUGACAACCUCAUCAUUCUUCAACAAAUACUUCUACUGUCUUUGGUGGGGCUUAAGAAAUUUGAGUUCCUUGGGACAAAAUCUUUCCACCAGCACAUACGUUGGAGAAAUAACUUUUGCCAUAAUUAUUGCCACCCUUGGAUUGGUUCUCUUUGCGUUGCUCAUUGGUAAUAUGCAGACAUAUCUACAAUCCACAACUGUUCGAUUAGAAGAGUGGAGGAUCAGAAGAACUGAUACAGAACAAUGGAUGCAUCACAGGCAGCUACCGCCAGAAUUAAAACAAUCAGUGAGAAAAUAUGACCAAUACAAAUGGAUUGCAACUAGAGGAGUCGAUGAAGAAACUCUCCUCAAAGGCCUGCCUAUGGAUCUCCGUCGAGACAUCAAGCGCCAUCUUUGCCUUGAACUAGUUCGAGGAGUACCUUUGUUUGAUCAAAUGGAUGAAAGAAUGCUGGAUGCAAUAUGCGAGAGGCUCAAACCAGCAUUGUGUACUGAAGGCACGUUUCUUGUCCGUGAAGGGGACCCUGUAAAUGAAAUGCUAUUCAUAAUCCGAGGCCACCUUGAUUCCUUCACCACAAAUGGUGGCCGAACUGGGUUCUUCAACUCAUGCAAAAUCGGACCAGGUGACUUCUGCGGAGAAGAACUGCUGACAUGGGCCCUGGACCCACGUCCAAGUGUCAUCCUCCCAUCUUCAACUCGCACUGUCAAAGCUCUCUCUGAAGUAGAAGCAUUUGCUCUUGUUGCAGAGGACUUGAAGUUCGUAGCUUCACAAUUUAGAAGACUCCAUAGCAAACAGCUUAGACACAAGUUCAGAUUCUAUUCUCAUCAAUGGAGAUUAUGGGCUGCAUGCUUCAUUCAGGCGGCUUGGCGGCGGUAUAAGAAGCGAAAGGAAGUGGCUGAGCUCAGAGCUAAAGAGAGCCCCACGGCUGCUGAGCCUGAGCAACCAAAGCAGGAAUCAGGCUUGGCUAUUUAUGCAGCUAGGCUUGCUGCUAGUACCAGAAGGGGUGUGAAUAAUAAAAACCAUUCAGGGUCGGAUUCUGGGGUUGUCAGCUUGCAGAAGCCAACUGAACCUGAUUUUUCUGUUUGUGAGGAAUGAAGGAAGAAGGAGAAAAACAAAACCCAAGUUGGGGUUUUGGUUUUGGGGUUUUGUUUUUAUGUUAGUGUCAGAAUUUAGGGAGCGAUCUAUGUGUGUACAUUAUAUUCUUUGUGUUAAGAGUACAAGAAAAAAAUUCCCUCUUUAGGGUGAGAUUUGGGGGUGUUUUGAUAUAAUUAUAUUAUUGUUUGUUCAUAUUGCGUUAUACGGUGAUAGUUAGGACCAUUGUAGCUUAGAAAGCAAGGAAAGAGAAAAAAAAACAAAAAUAUGGAGGGAUAAUGUAUGGUGAUAAUGGAAAUGAAGACUGCUUUUUGUUUUGCGUACAA